AUGGACGGCCUGCCCUUCGACCCCCUCACCGCAACCGCCUCCUCCCUCUCACAACUCCUAGCCACGGGCCGCCUUACCAGCGUCGAGCUGGUCGACAUCCUGCUCGCGCAAAUCGACCGGCACAACCGCAAAGGCCGCCAGCUGCGCGCCAUCAUCAGCGUCGCGCCGCGGUACCACCUCUUCGCCGUAGCACGGCGGCUCGAUGACGAGCGCAAGGCCGGCCUGCUGCGCGGCCCGCUGCACGGCGUCCCCAUCGUGCUGCAGGACAACAUCCUGACGGACCCGCUGUCCACCUUCCUCGAUACGACGGUCGGGUCGUACGCCUUCGUGGGCGCGAAGCCCAAGGCCUCGUCCGCGCCCAUCGUCGACCGCCUGCUUGCGCGCGGCCUCGUCGUCCUCGCAAAAACCAACCUCUCCGAGCUCUGCGGCCUCAAGUCGACGACGAUGCGGCCGGGCUGGUCCGCCGUCGGCGGCCAGUCCCUCUCCCCCUUCGUCGCGCGCCGCCGCGAAAAGGGCGUCCUGAUCUGGGAGCACGCGGCGGCGGGCGGGGCGGGGGCGGGGGCCGCCUCGGCCGUGGCGGCGGGUUUCGCCCCGCUCGCCCUCGCCUCUGACACAGUGGGCAGCACGACGACGCCCGCCAACCGCGCCGCACUGUACGGGCUCAAGCCCACCGUCGGCGCCGCCCCAAUGGACGGCGUCUGGGCCCUCAGCCGCAGCUUCGACACCCUUGCCGCGCUGGCCAAGAGCGCCGAGGACCUCGUCGCCCUCGCCGAUGCGCUGCUCGAGCCUGAGCGCGAGGACUCGGUCCUCGAUGGCGUGCCCCGCGCCGCGCCUCGCUUUGCCGUAAAGCGCCGCUGGAAGGGCCUGCGCGUGGGCUUUGUCGAUCCCGCCGUCUGGAAGCCGCGCGGUGACCUUGCGCGCUGCAAUGCCGAUGCUCAGAAGUACAUGGUCAACAUGUACGAGAUGGCCAUUGCCAAGAUCCGUGACCACGGCGCCGCCGUCUCCUAUCCAGUGCAGGCGCCUUCACCCGAGGGCUUCCGCUCCGGCGGCCUCGGCAGCUUCGAGGUCGUUGCUUACCACGAAUUCCGCCGCACAGCCGCCGACUUCUUCGCACACCUCGACAGCACAAACAGCAAUGUGCGCAACCUCGCCGCCCUCAUCCAGUUCAACGCCGACCACGCCGAUAUCGAACUCCCCGCCGCGGCGCCCGACCAAGACGACCUGAUCACCGCCUUCGGCACCAACACGCCUGCGCCCGUCGUCGCGCACAACCGAGACACGCUGCGCCGGCUCGGCGGCGCCGAGGGCAUCGAUCUCGUAUGCGACUACUAUGGCGUGGACAUCCUGGCCGCGCCGGGGGACAGCGCGCUGUGUGACUUGGCAGCAGCAGCAGGCUACCCCCUCGCGACAGCCCCGCUCGGCGCCCUCCGCGCCAACAGCCGGCCCUUCGGGCUCGCGCUCACAGGGCGCGCCCACAGCGAAGCCCAACUCCUCCACUUCCUGACGGCAUGGGAGUCGCUGUUCCCGGCCUCGCAGCGCUGCGCCCCGCCGCCCCUGGACUCGGUGCCCGUGCCCAUGCCCGCAGGGCCCGACGCCCGCGCCCCGGCCCCCGAUCCCCCCGUCAUCCGCGUCAUUCUGCGCGAGUGGGACAUGCGCGAUUUCCGCCAGAGCAGCGACGCGCUGGCCGAGUGGCUGAAUGCCCGGUGGAGGAAGAGUGGGUAUGCGUUGAGUCCGGAGGCGGUUUAUGAGAUCUUGAAGGCGAAUGGGCGGGUCGCGUUUCGGGGGCUUGGGGAUGAGUCCGGGGGCGCGUUUGCGAGGUAG